UGCUUCUGCACUCCGCCGCGGCCCCCCGGAGCAGCAACGCGAGGUCGCCGCCGAGCCCCGCUGCAGUCCCCGCCCCUCGCCCCAGCGGACGAUGCUCAGAGACGCUCGGGCGCCCACCAGUCAGCUCGCUCUCCGCCCCAGCUGCAGCCGCUAACUUCGGGACGCUCUGCCUGCUCCUUCUUCCCGGGCUGCCGAGGAGCGGCAGACGCAGAGACGCGCGUCCCGCAGUCUGCGCCCGCGAAGCCCCCAGACGCUUCUCGCCUGCUCCUUCGCGAACCCAGCUGUGUGUGCAGUUGUGGGUGGAGGCUGGGGCGGCUACGGAGGCUCUCUGCUCUCUAGGGCGCUUCACACUGGAGAGCCAAAAGAAGUGGAAGAGCGUUUUCUUGGAGAUCUUGCCCGGGAAAUCCUGAGGUCAUUCAUUAUGAAGUGUACCGCGCGGGAGUGGCUCCGAGUAACCACAGUGCUGUUCAUGGCUAGAGCAGUUCCAGCCAUGGUGGUUCCGAAUGCCACUUUAUUUGAGAAACUGUUGGAAAAGUACACGGAUGAGGACGGUGAGUGGUGGACGGCCAAGCAAAGAGGGAAAAGGGCCAUCACAGACGAUGACAUGCAGAGUAUCUUGGACCUUCAUAAUAAAUUACGAAGUCAGGUGUAUCCAACAGCUUCUAAUAUGGAGUAUAUGACAUGGGAUGUAGAACUGGAAAGAUCUGCAGAAUCCUGGGCUGAAACUUGUUUGUGGGAGCAUGGACCUGCAAACUUAUUGCCAUCCAUUGGGCAGAACUUGGGAGCACAUUGGGGAAGAUACAGGCCCCCAACUUUUCAUGUACAAGCAUGGUAUGAUGAGGUGAAAGACUUUAGCUACCCAUAUGAACAUGAAUGCAACCCUUACUGCCCAUUCAGAUGUUCUGGUCCUGUGUGCACUCAUUAUACCCAGGUGGUAUGGGCAACAAGUAGCAGAAUAGGCUGUGCCAUUAAUUUGUGCCACAAUAUGAACAUCUGGGGACAGAUCUGGCCCAAAGCUGUCUACUUGGUGUGCAAUUAUUCCCCAAAGGGAAACUGGUGGGGCCACGCCCCUUACAAACAUGGACGGCCAUGCUCUGCUUGCCCACCUAGUUUUGGAGGGGGCUGUAGAGAAAAUCUGUGCUACAAAGAAGGGUCAGACAGGUAUUAUCCUCCUCGGGAAGAAGAAACAAAUGAAAUUGAACGGCAGCAGUCACAAGUCCGUGAUACCUAUGUUCAGACAAGAUCGGAUGACAGUAACAGAAAUGAAGUCAUAAGCACACAGCAAAUGUCCCAAAUUGUUUCUUGCGAAGUAAGAUUAAGAGAUCAGUGCAAAGGAACAACCUGCAAUAGGUAUGAAUGCCCUGCUGGCUGUUUGGAUAGUAAAGCUAAAGUUAUUGGCAGUGUACAUUAUGAAAUGCAAUCCAGCAUCUGUAGAGCUGCAAUUCAUUAUGGUAUAAUAGACAAUGAUGGUGGUUGGGUAGAUAUCACUAGACAAGGAAGAAAACAUUAUUUCAUCAAGUCUAAUAGAAAUGGUGUUCAAACAAUUGGCAAAUACCAAUCUGCUAAUUCCUUUACAGUCUCUAAAGUAACAGUUCAGGCUGUGACUUGUGAAACAACAGUAGAACAGCUCUGUCCAUUUCAUAAGCCUGCCUCACAUUGCCCAAGAGUAUACUGUCCUCGCAAUUGUAUGCAAGCUAAUCCACAUUAUGCUCGUGUAAUUGGAACUCGAGUUUAUUCUGAUCUGUCCAGUAUCUGCAGAGCAGCGGUACAUGCUGGGGUGGUUCGAAAUCAUGGUGGUUAUGUUGACGUUAUGCCUGUGGACAAAAGAAAGACUUACAUCGCAUCUUUCCAGAAUGGAAUCUUCUCAGAAAGUUUACAGAAUCCUCCAGGAGGAAAGGCAUUCAGAGUAUUUGCUGUUGUGUGAAACGGAACACUUGGAAAGGGGAUCAUAAAGACUAUUCCAAAUGCCGUAUAUCUGAAGUUUGUAUAAAACUGUAACAUUACUGUACAGAAGAUAUCAACUAUUUCAGCCCAAAACAGUGCCAAAUGCAUAUAAAUCUUGUUAGACAAAGUCUAUAAAAUAAAACAUGGGACUUUAGCUUUGGACAAAGUAAGGAAUAUGUAAUGGUUUCAGAAAUCCUGUGUUAAAUAUUGCUAUAUUUUCUUAGCAGUUAUUUCUACAGUUAAUUACAUGGUCAUGAUUGUUCUACAUUUCAUAUAUUAUAUUAUAUGGUGCUUUGUAUAUGCCACUAAUAAAGUGAAUCUAAACAUGGAAUGUGAAUGGCCCUCGGAAAAUCAUCUGGUGCAUUUAAAAGCAAUCAACUGUAAAACUGAAAGAAACCUUACUGUAUUUUCCCCCAUCCAGUUCUCUAACAUUCCCUAUUCCAAAUAAUGUCAAAUUAUUUUCUAGUUAAUCCCUGUACAGUUUUUCUCCUUCUGUUAGGGUAGACAUAGAGAAUAUUAAGUUCUGAUAUUGCACUUGUUAUUUUGUAUAAAAUAAUCAUAUAAUAUCCCCAUGAAUCUGUUAAAAUGUUUUGUUCCUUGGGAAUGGACUUAAUAGUAAAUGGAUUAAGUCAGAGUAGUGGUAUAAAAACAUUCCUAGUGAUUGUAUAGUACAUAUAGGACUAAAAUGGGCAGCCAGAGCUUUCUAUAUAUUAUUGAAAUUGAGGCCACACAUUUUCUUUUGUAUCCUGGCAAAUACUCCUGCAGGCCAGGAAGUAUAGUAGAAAAAAUUGAACAGAGACGAACUAAUGUAUUGCAUUUCCAUUGCCACUGAUUUUCUUAAUGGUAAAUGGCCUUGUGUAUAAAUGUUGCCAGAUUAUGGUACCUGUAGUGGUGAUAUAUUUGUUUCUAUGAAAAAUGUAUCUUGCUUUGAGACUAAAAGAAAUCUGUAAAGUGUUACUUUUGGUAAUUUUGUUUUCUGCUAGUGAAUUUACUCUUUUCCUGUAAACAUUAAAAUUAAUCAUGUUUCAAAGUA